AUGGCUCUUCUUCGACGCUACGGCACCUACCUCGCCCUCUCUGCAGGCUUCCUGUUCUUCCUCUACCAGCUAAGCUUCCCCUAUGAGCCUGGACAGGGCCCGCCCAGCGAGGGUGCUGUGAGCCCUGAGCACCACGACUACAAGUCCUAUGACUGGGCAAAGAUCCCCAUGCACUAUCCGGUCAAAGACAUGACGCCGCUGCCGAACGAUGCGCCAAAGUCACUUCCCCGCAUACAGCACGACUUCAAGAACGAACCGACGACUUCGAAGCAAAUCCGCGAAUCGAGACAAGCAGAAGUCAAGAAGCAGUUCCUGAAAUGCUGGAAGAACUACCGCGCCAAGGCCUGGUUGCACGACGAACUCACCCCAAUUGCUGGUGGGUACACAGACGACUUUGGGGGAUGGGCAGCUACUCUCGUUGAUAGCUUAGACACACUGUGGAUCAUGGGUGCCAGAGAAGAGUUCAUCUCGGCCAUCAAGGAUGUUGAGGCUAUCGACUUUGGCUACACCAACAUGGAGAAGGUCAACAUGUUUGAGACCAACAUUCGACACCUGGGCGGGUUGCUUUCAGCCUGGGAACUUAGCCGGGAGGACCGCAUUCUGAACAAAGCGAAAGAGAUAGGCGAGAUGCUUUACCAUGCAUUCGACACGCCCAACAAUAUGCCUCUUACCCGCUGGGACUUCCACAAAGCAGGCCAGGGCGAGAAGCAAGACGCUGAGGAGAACGUACUCAUUGCCGAACUGGGCUCCUUCACACUGGAAUUCGUCCGCCUCUCUCAGGCAACAGGCGACCCAAAGUGGUUUGAUGCGGCGAACCGUGUUGUGAAGGUGCUCGAAAAGGACCAAAUGAAGACAAGGCUUCCUGGCAUGUGGCCCAUUGUCGUCAACCCCAGAAGAACCGAUCUCACACAGGAUACUGGCUUCUCACUCGGUUCCAUGGCAGAUUCGGCCUACGAAUACCUGCCCAAGGCGUACGCGCUUCUCGGCGGUACCGACAACACAUACAAGAGCAUGUACGAAAAGGCAAUGGAUGCGGCCGUCAAAUACACGCUCUAUCGCCCUAUGAUCCCUGGAGAUCCUGACAUGCUCGGCACAGGCUUCGUCCGCUCCGAGGAGGGCAAGGCGUAUUUGAAUCCCGAAUUCCAGCACCUGUCCUGCUACGCUGGAGGUAUGUUCGCUUUGGGAGGAAAACUUUUCGACAAGAGCGACCACGUUUCGAUUGGUCGCAAGCUCACGGAUACCUGUGUAUGGGCAUACAAGUCAUCUCCCGCUGGCAUCAUGCCCGAGGUAUCACAUCUCUACAAGUGCGAGAACAUGACCGACUGCAAGUGGGACGAAAAUAAGUGGAAAGACGAGGUAGCUUCCCGUGCCAACCUGAACAACGAGAAAGAUACAACGCAGAACAUUGCUGGCCUUCGUUUGCCCAAAGGAUUCACAGCGAUUGGUGACAGGCGUUAUGUACUACGCCCCGAAGCAAUAGAGAGUGUCUUCAUCAUGUACCGCCUUACUGGCGAGCAAAGCUGGCAAGCUGCGGGGUGGGAUAUGUGGACCGCGAUUAUGAAGGCCACGGACACCGAUAUUGGAAAUUCGGCGCUCCAGGAUGUGUCGGCUGAAAGACCACCCAGGGCGGAUUCCAUGGAAGUGAGUUGA